UAUUUCAAUUCAAUUGACAUACAACAACAGAGUAAAAUAAAUUCCUAUACUAGAAAAAUUUCAAUAAAAUUUUCUGUCCCACCGCACCAUCUGAAAUCACAAUGUCCUGCAAAACAACAAAUUUUCUUCCCCCCGACGAGGAGGCAGAGGAUUUACCCAAAUUGGAGUCCAUAAUCAAUGCCUUGAAAUGUGAACAAAGUGGCCAUAUUAUGGAGGCCAUACUCCUCUAUGAGGAGAGCAUCCACAAGCUGAACCAAAUGGCCACAGCUGAGCCGAAUAAAAAGCAAUUGUGUGGCAAAUAUCUCAAGACAUACGAGAGUCGUGCCAAACAAUUGCGGGAUCAGGUUAAAACGCAUUUGCAUGCGAGCAAAUUGUUGGAUCACUUAAGUAUCGAACGGGAUGCUCGUGGCAGAAGCUAUCAGCGUCUAUUUGGUCCAUAUUUGGAUGAUAGUGUCAAGGAGGCCCAUUUAAAUGAACCUCAUCUUACGGAGCAGCAACAUUAUCGUAAUCUAGUGAAUUUUUUCGAAGUUCUUGUCAAGAAUUGUCGUUAUCUGAAGUAUAUACGUCUGACAACACGGCCCGAUCCAGUUGUCCCCAAGAAUCAAAUGCAUAUAUUGCAGCAAAUACGUUCCGAUUUGGCCACUGGCAAUAUACAAAUGAAUUUCCAACUCGAUGAUACUCUACACGAUCGUAAGAUUGUCCUUAGCUCCGGAGUAGUCAUUAAAAUUGGACGUGGUUUGCAUUAUUUUGAGAAUUGCGAGGAUAUUCAUUCGUUGGGCAUGUGUGAUUUUGAUUUUCGCAAAUGUCUGGCCACCGACGUGGAUAUAUGGAAGUGUCGUGCCUUUGCCAAGAGGCCACGCAUCACAGAUCACGAGGAUCAGGUUGACGAUCGAAAUGAUGACGAAGACAAUGAUGAUGAUGAUGAGUAUCAAGAGCGUUGCUCCAAAGAUGACAGCAGGCAGAGGGCAACAGCUGCAGCCAUGUCGCAUGCUGCCUACUCCAGUGAAUAAACUUUAAAUGAAACACUCAACACUCACUUCUUCUUUUCUGGCACUACAAGUAAAUAUCAUGUUAGAACUUUAUACACGAUAUGAUCAUUAAAUUCUAAAAUAUUCUACUCAA